UACUUUGGUACUUUUUGUUUGGAAACUCCCUAUGAAUUUAGCGACUAUAAAACGGCGACGCGAUUUUUAAACUUCCCGAAUUCAAGUAUAAAAUAGAAAAAGUGGAAAUCUUAAUUUUCAAGGAUUAUUCACGUCAGUUUGUGUCAAGGGGGAGUACGUGAUAAUUUCUAAAUAUAUUUUAUUACUCUUCCUUCUAAUGGUAUAAAAAGUAUCUUUGUUGCAUUGAUUUCCUGUCGAACAUCUUACCACUUCGUGACUUUUUGGUGACUCUUGGCGAUUUUACUAGAUGAUUCGGAAAGAAAAUGCGAUGGCAAACAAAUAAAUGUUUUGAGAAAUAUUUUAGCCUCAUUUAUGUUAAUGGAAUAACACAAAGCAAUGGAAUAAUCCAAAUCAGCCAGAUCGCUACGUAAUUUGCUUAAAUUUAUAACUUACAAAUGCAUUAGCUAUCAAGUCUUGUACAAAAUGAAUAACACAACAAUAAACAAGGAUGCAUUGCUUGAACAGCUUAACAACAAAAAAGCAGUUCUGAUGAUACCUGCUUUUGUGUAUUUGGUGGUUUUAAUGCUGGCUGGAAUAAUUGGCAAUGUUUUAAUUUGCUACUACUACGGUUUCAAAUCGAGAAGAAGUUCGGAUAAUAUGUUUAUUCUCAGUGUUGCGAUGUACGAUCUUAUUUCAUGCACUUUGUCCAUUCCGAUUGAAAUUGUGGACAUAAGAUUCUUCUGCAAUUUCCCUUACGCCGGUGCAUGUAAAGUUAUGAGAUUUGUGAACUACUUUGCGGCAAUUGGAAGUGCCUUUACGCUAAUAGUCAUUGCUAUUGACAGGUACAGAAAAAUUUGCAGACCAUUCAAGAAGCAGUUCAGAAGUAAAGAGGCUAAAAUAGCAUGUGGAAUUUCUAUACCGUUUUCGUUGUUGCUGUCUUGGCCUGCAGCAGUAUUCUACACGUCUGUACCUGUGGAUGUAUUGACAGAGGAUGGCAUCGAGCUGCAAGGCUUUGACUGCACAACUACAAAAGAAGCCUCAUACAAAAUAUAUCUGUGGAUUUUCAAUGGAUUUUUUCUCCUUUGUUUCAUAAUUUCGACUUUCAUUCUUUUUGUGUUGUACGGUCUUGUUGGAAGAGCUAUAUUAUUUAUAUAUAAACACAACAAAUCACAAAUUAAGUACACUCGACCAAAAUCGUCAAUCUCCCAUACCGUCGAAAGUCAUGUAACCGAUAACAACAGUCCAAAUGUAAACGUAAACAAAAGAAAGACAAAUGGUGAAACAGAAGGUGUCAGUGAAGCUCAUUCUACCAGAAGUGAAAUUCACACUAAAAUCGUUCCUAACAAACCAAACGAACAUGCUAGCAUCAAAACUAUGAAAUUUACAACAGUAAUGUUUGUAAUAACGACAGUAUUUAUUGUUAGCUUUUUGCCACACCUGGCUUUGUCGCUGUGGUUAGCCUUCCAAGGCACAUAUGACUGGGAAACUCUUUCUGGUUUAGUUGCCCUUCAAAUUGGUCUGCGAUCAUAUUUUCUGAAUUCAGCGAUUAAUCCUUUAACCUACGGAUUUUUUAACUCGAAAUUUCGAUCAUUUUUCUACAUGACGUUCUGUCCAUGUUGCAAAAGGUUAACUGAUAGGCGCACGGUUUCCUCGAGCUCUGGCACUCUAUGACCUCCCAUUCAAACUCUUUUAUCGAGAACGUUCACACAUAUCAUACAUAAUAUGUCUAAUUAUCAUAAAUUAAUAAGCCCUAAUAUCAUGUCAAAUUGAAUGUAGUUUAAGAUACAAUAUGUAAAAUGUAUGUGCUGGUAUUAAAUACUAUAUAUGAAUGAGUAUAAAAGUUGUAAGUAUCCUUGUUUAUGACCUUGGCCUUAGGACCUAAAUCUUUUAUGCGACCAGAGAUUCCCAAGUAGGUGAGACAUUACUUCACAUAUUGUUUAACAUAUUUAUCAACCAUUUUCGCUAGAAUAUCUGAAAUCGGUUAAAAAGUAACAUGUAUGUCUGAGCCACGUUUUAAUGCAUGUACAUAUACUGGUAUAGAUAUAUGAAUGUACAAGAAAGUUAAAAGUUUUCUUGUCUGUGACCUGACCCGUGGACGUACAAACAUGCCUCUUGCGGGCAGCUCACCUCAAAAUGCAUUUUACAAGCUAUAUCAUACUAACCCAUUUUCCACCUAGAACGCCCAGUUCGGCAUAUGGGUACUCUUCAUUUUAAAGAAUUGGUAAUUCAUUUUGCAUCGUCCAGCAGUCUCAUUUUCUCAAUGUUCCUUAUUGUAGAGAUAAUCCAGGUAUUUCAUGUUUUCGUCAACGUUAUAGAUAAAAUUAGUUGCUCAAUAUGCACUGUACCAACUGGCUGAACUCUAUCUUUUAGGUGAAAAAUACGCGUAUGAAAUGGGCUAUUAUAUCUUCCCGUUUAGUGCCAAGGGCCGAUUCGGGCCGAUCUGUACAGAACAGUUACACCAUUCAUUUGAUUGAGCUGAACUCUUCUUCUCAACGCAGAAAAGUAAUAUUGUUCCUAUGGACAUGAAAACAUAACAACGGUGACGUCAUUUUUGAUUCACAAGAGAUGUCAACGUUACAAUAAUUCCCACGAAAUAAGAAAUAGAUUUCAGUCGUCCAAUCGAAGAAAUCUUCAUACAGUAGACUUCGAAUUUUAACGAAGAAAUAUCAAAUAUAUAGAACAAAGAAACAAAAGAGUAUAGCGAUGGUUACCUAGUUUAUAUUUAACGUAGCAUGGAAUCUUUAAAACUAAAAUAUUAAUUAAGUUCACAUAUAUUUCUAAUGAAUGGCAAACUGUCGGAUCAGUAUGUUCACAGUAUGAAACAAUACAACCAUGUUCUUUUUUAAAAAAAAAGAAA